CAGGGCGAACAUUUGGUUGUAGAUUGUUUGCAAAUUACGCCCUUCGGGAUCACAAUUCGGCAGUUGAGCUUUCGUGUACAGGAUGUGCUUCAUUGUGACCUUAUCAUCGUAGUGGGUGGUGAGAAUAUCCAACACAAUUUUGUAAUUCCCGGGCGUCAUCGACAAACCUUGAAUGGAGUGGAGGGCACGCCCUCUGAGGCAAGACCUGAGGAGAGAAAAUUUUGUCGUGUCAUCUAA